AUGCCAGCCUUGAAGCGGGUGCCACCAUGCUUGCUGCACAGUGACAACAAGUUGGAUACAUCGAGUCAGACUCCGCGGCAGAAGCAAACGGAAAGGGAAGAGGCAGCGCAGUCCGAGGAAGCGACCCCGGAGGAUGCGGCCCCGGCCGAUGACGCUGCUCCAGGCCAUCCAGAUGAGUCGGUCCCCGAAGCGCCUGCGGCACCAGCUGACGCAGACACCGACGCUGCCGCCACCACCGCAGCGGAUGCCGGCAACGCAACGGCCGCCGCUGAUGCGGUGGACGCCGAGGCGGUGGACGCCGAGGUUGCAGAUGCUGAUGCGGCAAAUGCCGAGGAGACUGCAGCUUUGCUGCCUGCGGUAGAUGAAUCGGAGUUGAUCACGCCGGAGGAGGAGAAAGAAGCGCAGAAAUUGGACCAGGAGGAGCUCCUACAGCUCCAGGUGGCCCAGCUCCAAGACGGCCAGGGCUUCACGCGGUUGGAGCCUCCCUGCCUGGUGCUGGUGGUCUGCGGUCUGCCGCUCCCGGAGGUGUUAGCUCUGCGUGCCGUGAGCAGUUCCGCUCUGCAGUGGUCCAUGCACGUGGCCAUCGCCCGCUUGGGCCAAGUCUGUGUCGCGCACCACCGAGUUCGCACACGCCUGUGGAUCUCGCGCUUGGAGGAGAUCAACCGCAGCACAAGCGACGAGAGCGUGUACGACUCGAAGGUUCGACGUUUGGCAGAUGAUGCGCUACGUCGGCGGAUGGAGGCGGAGAUGGCCGAUGCCCGGCAGGACAUGGAGAACCGAAUUCGAGACUUUCACCUGGAGGUCGAUAGGCGGAUGGAAGCGCAG